AUGCGUGCGUGCGCGCUUUCUACAGGCGGGUCAUAUUUGCAUCACCCCAUCAUCACCAUGGACGUGCUUAACCUCAUCUCGUUAGUCGUCGACCUCCGUGACUACCCAGGAUACGCAACAUGCACGCGCGCCACUGAAUACCCUGGCCUCGCCCUAUGCGAGUACAGCGCGGCCACGGGCAUGCGCUACACGGUGCCACUGGGCUACGCGGCGUCAGUGGUGUACUUUUAUUUCUAUCACCGCCCACGCCUCUCUUUUGCUGACCGCUCGCUAACGAAGCUCCACCACUACUUCUACCCAAGCGCCGGCUACAGCGCACCCCUCGGCAUUAUUGGUGGUGUUCUGUACGGCGCGGGCGAGUGUGCGCAGGGGCUGACACCGGCGGCUCUGGAGGCCACCGCGGCGCGGGAAAAGGCGGCUGCUUUGAUGGCUGCGGAGCAGUACAGUCAACGGCACCGCGCGGCAAAGACGCGUCUGAAAGCGGAGCAGUCGUUUCUCUCCAAGGCACUUGUGUUGCUGCGACUGCGCGAGGACCCGGUGCAGGCAGAACUCGCGCGCAUGGGACUCGGAGAGGACAGCAUAGCAUGGGAGACUUUGCUCGUGCCGCAGGGGUAUCUCUGGACACAGUUGCACUCCACCGUACACGAUAUUGCUCGGUACCGCGGCUACGGGACCCCUGUUGUGGCUGGGGCUGCAGUCCUCACCUCAGCAGACGGGAGGGUUGGCGAACCUUCUGACGCUGCCCAUACGCCGUGCUCCUCGUCCUUCACUUUUUUGUCGCCUUCGAGAGCGUACUUUACGAAGCCACAAGUGGACGCUGUCGUGAGUCGGAUAGGGACGCUGCGCGUGUCACCGGAAGAUGAUCGCUGGAUGCGUUCGGCUGGUCGCUGUGGCGCCUACGGCGUUCUUGGCAUGCUGCUCACGUGGAACAGCGGCGGCGCUCUGUUUCGCGCGCAGAUGGGACUGGGUCUUGGCGUGACGAUUGGAGGUCUGGCGUCAGCGACGCGGCUGGAUCAAAUCUUCACGCACCUGUGA